CGUGUGGUGGCCACCGACGUGAUCCAAAACGGGGACUGGAUCUACCAGCUGCUGGUGCUGCUGGAAACACCCCUGGUAUGGGGUCACCUCCCCUGCCAGGUGGAGCACGUCAGCCUGGAGCCCCUGAGCCGGCACUGGGAGAUGGUACCAGACACUGCCUGCAGCAAGAUGCUGACGGGGAUCGGGGGCUUCGUGUUGGGCUUCGUCUUCCUGGCACUGGGGCUUGGCUUCUGCCUCCAUAGGAAGGUGGCGGGGGUGGAUUUCGGGGGUCGUGUCCCCCCUCCGCCGGACCGCGUGCGCUCCCACCAG